AUGGUACCCGACGCGGACCUCUUGGAUCCCUACCCCUUCCUCCACUUUUCUUCACCCACUCACCUCCUUCAUCUCUAUCUCCUCUCUUCCUACAGGCUAUGCCUGUACUGGUUCGGCCUCGCUUUCCCCCUUCAUGUCUAUAGCCGUGCCCACUUAGAUUUCAGCACAGGUGGUGCGUUUAUCGUCAAGGACCAUAAGGGUAACACCAUUCACCAGCACUAUUUCAAAAUGGAGGGCCACUGCACCAACAACCAGGCCGAAUCCAGGGCCAUCCUUAAAGCCAUCCAAUACAUUCAAAAGUCUCCGAGCAUUUUCCAUAACACACAAGCCAACAUCUACACUGACAGCAAGGUUGCUCUCCACCAAAUUCAAAAUAGCAACAUGAACCUCCCUAUGAUUAAAGAAACAAUCCAGACCCUCAAAAGGAUAAACAGUACAAACAUCACUCUCGCCUGGAUUAAAGGUCACAGUGGCCUAGCAAGCAAUGAAAUGGCGGACUUUCUGGCUAAAAAAGCCAUCACGAACCUUAAAAAUUUUGACUAUGAGAAGAUUCCUUUUAAGUGGAUCAUCAACCAGGUAUACAGUUACAUCUGUAAAUGCUGGCGAAUUAGAUGGGAUAACAGCAACACGGCUAGGUUGAUGCACCGCUUCUUCCCCUUCGUCAACGAGAGGAAAGUCCUCUCCCACUUAUCCCCUGACUAUGAGUCCACACAAAUAAUUACAGGCCAUGGUAACUUUAAGGGGUACCUGGCAAGGUUCUUAAAAAAAGGCAAAGGUUACUUCAAUACCUGCGCGGACAAAUGGGAGGAUAGUGAGCAUGUCCUCCUCCACUGUCCGCAGUACAACAAGGAACGCACUAAUCUCAUCGCAACUGUAAUCUCUGAGAACAUUGCCUGGCCUUGUCCCUUGGAUAUUCUCAUCAAAAACCGUAAUAUCUGCAAGGCUUUCAAGGACUUCAACUGUAAAAUACGUGUGCUGAGCUAA